AUGCGACCGCAGUCGGCGUCGCUCUCUCGAGCGGUCUGCCGCAAUCCCCGACUUCCCCCACGGACAGCAUGCGGUGCGCGUAGCGUGGCGGCAAUCGCGACGACAAAUCUGCUACGGAGUGAGCAUCGUCGACCAACAUUACCUUCCCGGGCUACUGGAACUCAGCAACGAUGGAUCACAUUGGGAUGGAUCCAGCGCAUGAAAGACGGGGAGGACGAAUGGGCCGAGCAUGCGCGGCAGAUCAAGGCCGGCCAGAGGAAAAGCUUUGUGCAGCACCUGGAGGACCGGGGGUUGAUUCAUGACGUUGUCGGAGAGCGCAACCUGUUGCAUCGCAUUUUUACGGAGAAACGAGUCGGAAUGUACGUGGGAAUCGACCCGACUGCGCCCUCCAUGCACGUCGGACACAUGCUACCUUUCAUGGUGCUGGCCUGGGGUUAUGUUUGGGGACUACCGGUGACAUUUUUGCUCGGCGGCGCUACAUCUCGGGUUGGCGAUCCCACGGGCCGGUUAAAGGGACGCGAUCAGGUCCACUCGUCCAUCCGCAAGGCAAACAUGGCCAGCAUGCAUAUGCAGUUGAAAAAGCUGGGUGCAAGCAUCGAACAAUAUGGGAGGCGACACGGACAUGAGCGGCAGAUGAUUUGGAGACGAGCGUUAGUGAAUAAUAAUGUCUGGUGGAACAAGAUGCCGUUCAUUGAGCUGCUCCGCGACCUGGGGGCAUAUAUGCGACUAGGUCCUAUGCUCGGCAGAGAUACAGUCAAGACCCGCCUAAAUUCCGGUGAUGGGAUGUCCUUUGCCGAGUUUUCGUACCCGUUGCUCCAGGCUUGGGAUUGGUGGCAUCUGUUCAAGAAGGGUGUGCAAGUGCAAGUGGGAGGGUCGGAUCAAUACGGGAAUAUUCUGUUCGGCAUGGACGCUGUCAAGUCGAUCAGUCGGUACACGGCAGAUGAGCAAAGCCGGCGGGAGCUGGAAGAUGAGCUGGACAGGCCGAUUGGAUUUACGACUCCCCUGUUGACAGCACCCUCUGGCGAGAAGUUUGGCAAGUCGGCGGGUAAUGCGAUUUGGCUUGACAAAGACAUGACCUCAACUUUUGAGCUCUACCAGUUCUUCGUGCGAACCCCCGACGACACUGUCGAGCAUUAUCUCAAGCUGUUUACUUUCAUUCCAUUGCCCGAGAUUGCCUCGAUCAUGGAGGAGCAGAACAAAGACCCCUCCAAACGAGUUGCCCAGCAUACCCUGGCCUCGGAGUUUGUCGAAUUGAUCCACGGCAAGGCUGAGGCCGAUGCCGUGGCGAUGCAACACCGUCAGCUGUUCCGCCCACGCUCUUCUACGGACACCCCGACACCUCUUACCUUGAACCAAAAGUCCAACGACGACAAGUCUCGGAAGCCAGCGCUCUAUCCGGACGAUAUCACUCCCCAGUCGGGCAAUCGCUACGCGCCCCAGACGAACUUUGCCAACAUGCCCGGCGGUAACAGAGUUGUCCUCCCCGAGUCACUGGUAUACAACACUACCUUCAACAAGGUGCUCUGGUCCGCGGGACUUGUGUCAUCCAAGGGUGAAGGCCACCGAGCUAUCGCUAAUAACGGAGCGUAUGUUGGCAGUCUUCCCUGCAACACCGGUCCGAUGAGAGACAACCUCACAUUCGCUCCGAUUAAACCCUGGUUCGCGGACAAGACCAAGGACUACGUCAUCGAGGGCAAUCUCUUGUUCCUGAAAUUGGGCAAAUGGAAGUUUAAGAUCGUGGAGGUGGUGAGUGACGAGGAGUUUCGGCGGCGCGACUUGACCUGUCCGGGUUGGGGGGAGGAGGAGCCGGAGAAGAAGCAGGAGGGAAAGGAACAGAAGGAAUGA